AUGGCUCCUGGAGGUGGAGGAAAUAUUAAGGUGGUGGUGAGAGUUCGGCCUUUCAACAGUCGAGAGAAUGAACGUGGCGCAAAAUGUAUUGUUCACAUGAAAGAUACCCAGACCGUCCUCACGCCGCCACCCGGUGCUGUCGAUAAAUCACGAAAAGCCGCUGGUGGAAAGCAGGCCGUGGAAGGACCGAAAACGUUCGCCUUCGAUAGAUCCUACUGGUCGUUCGACAAGAAUGCUCCCAAUUUCGCGAGCCAAGAUAACCUUUUCGAUGACCUGGGUACGCCACUGCUGGACAAUGCUUUCGGAGGCUACAACAAUUGUAUUUUUGCCUACGGUCAGACGGGUUCGGGAAAAUCAUACUCGAUGAUGGGAUACGGCAAGGAAUAUGGUGUCAUCCCGCGAAUUUGCCAGUCGAUGUUCGAGCGCAUUACUACGAUCCAGCAAGACAAGAACCUCGGAUGUACGGUGGAAGUGUCUUAUCUCGAAAUUUACAACGAAAGAGUUCGCGAUCUGCUGAACCCCUCGAACAAGGGCAAUCUAAAAGUCCGUGAGCAUCCGUCGACCGGUCCAUAUGUCGAGGAUUUGGCCAAACUGGUGGUGCGCUCCUUCGACGAGAUUGAGAACUUGAUGGACGAAGGAAACAAGGCCAGAACGGUCGCGGCUACGAACAUGAACGAAACUUCCAGUCGUUCUCAUGCGGUCUUCACUCUUACACUCACCCAGAAGCGCCAUGAUGCGGAGACCUCGAUGGACUCGGAGAAGGUCUCGCGAAUCAGUUUGGUCGAUCUUGCAGGAUCGGAAAGAGCGAACUCAACCGGAGCGACCGGAGCGCGAUUGAAAGAAGGAGCGGAGAUUAACCGUUCGCUUUCAACGCUCGGUCGUGUCAUUGCUGCUCUUGCGGAUGUGGCUGCUGGCAAGAAGAAAAAUGCGUCGAUGGUGCCGUACCGUGACUCAAUUCUGACAUGGUUGCUUAAGGAUUCCCUUGGAGGUAACUCCAUGACGGCAAUGAUUGCUGCCAUUUCACCUGCAGAUAUCAACUUCGAAGAAACUCUCAGUACCUUGCGAUAUGCCGACUCCGCGAAACGUAUCAAGAACCACGCAGUCGUGAACGAAGAUCCCAACGCACGGAUGAUCAGAGAACUUAAGGAGGAGCUGGCACAACUGAGGUCUAAGCUUGGACCGGCAGUGGGCGCGGGAGGUGCUGGUGGAGCGGCGGCAGCCGCAGCAGGUGGAGUAUCUGUUGUUGAAGAAUACCCACCGGACACUCCUUUGGAGAAGCAGAUGGUUUCCAUUCAACAAGACGAUGGCAGCGUUACCAAGGUCAGCAAAGCUGAGAUCGUGGAGCAGCUGAACCAAAGUGAGAAGCUAUACAAAGACUUGAACCAGACUUGGGAAGAGAAGUUGGUGAAAACAGAGCAAAUCCACAAAGAACGAGAGGCCGCCCUGGAAGAACUGGGAAUUAGUAUUGAAAAGGGCUUUAUCGGACUCAGCACGCCCAAGAAGAUGCCGCAUUUGGUCAACCUGAGCGAUGACCCGCUGCUCGCCGAGUGCCUUGUCUACAACAUUAAACCCGGCACCACCAUGGUCGGAAACAUGGAACAAGGAGGCAAUGUGGAGAUACGAUUGAAUGGCUCUAAGAUUAUGCCUAACCAUUGUACGUUUGACAACGUGGAUAAUGUUGUUACCGUUGUGCCAACCGAAGGCGCGGCCGUCAUGGUGAACGGGUUACGCAUAGAUAAGCCAAAACGCCUCAAAAGUGGCUUUCGAAUAAUUCUGGGCGAUUUCCACAUAUUCCGAUUCAACCAUCCCCAAGAGGCUCGGGCCGAGCGAGUGGAGCAGAGUUUGCUGCGUCAUUCGGUUACUACGAGUCAGUUAGGGUCUCCAGCUCCAAACAAAACGCACGAUCGCAGCUUGAGCAAGACCGGUUCGGAGAUCGAUGGGGACUCUAGUAGGGCUGAUUCGCCAAUGCCUUCGCAGCCCGGCCGUGAGUCUGAUUGGUUUAAUGCUCGCCGAGAAGCCGUGAGUGCUGUGCUGGGGCCUGAUCACAUUUCCCAUAUGCCUGAUGAUGAGCUGGAUGCCCUCUUUGAAGACGUGCAAAAAGUUAGAAACACUCGCCGGGGGCUGACGGAGAAUGAGGAGGACUCCGAUUCGCUCAGCUCGUUUCCUGUCCGGGACAAAUACAUGUCUAACGGCACUAUCGAUAACUUUUCGUUGGACACGGCCAUCACCAUGCCGGGGACUCCCCGCCAGCAAGACGAAGAUGAAGGACAAACCGGAGGUGAUACGACGCUGCAGUCUGUACGCCAGGAUAUGCAGCGCCAGCUGGACCGACAGAAGGAGGAGUACCAGGAUAAAUUGAGGAAUGCGGAGGUCUCAUCGAGUCAAGGCACCGACGACAUCCGCUCCGAAAAGACUCGGAUGGAAGCAGCUCUGCGUACGGCCAAAGAAGAAUUCGAGGAACAAUUGAGAAAACAAAAGGAGGAGUUCGAGUCGCAUAUGAAAGAUAUGGGCCAACCGGUACCCAAGAUAUACGAGAAUGGUUUUGAAAAACUGGACCCGAGGGAGAUAGAGAUUGCGAAUUCGGUUUUCCGCCACUGGACGCAACAGAAUUAUGUCCGUAUGGCAGAGAACGUGCUCCAGCACGCGUCUUUGCUGAAAGAGGCUCAGGUGAUGAGCCAGAUAAUGGACAAGAACGUUGUUUUUCAAUUUGCGGUUGUCGACCAUGGACACAACAUGGCAUCAUCUUAUGACCUGGUUCUGAACGGCAUAUCUGGCGACGAGGAUGUUGUACUCGAUGAGACUAAGAAACCCUGCAUUGCAGUGCGCGUAAUCGAUUUCAAGCAGUGCGUGAUCCACCUCUGGUCCGUCGAGAAGCUCCAACGCCGUCUUCAAGCUAUGCGUCAACUGCACCAGUACAUUGACCGACCGGACUACAUUCAACACUUCAAACUCGAAAACCCUUUCUCCGAGUCCUGCUCCCCACAGUAUUCCCUCGUGGGUGAUGCUGACAUCCCCCUGACGGCGGUGUUCGAGACACGGGUUCAAGACUUCUCCGUCGAAAUUACUUCGCCCUACACUCAGAACGUGAUCGGUAUCAUCAGAUUAUCCUUGGAACCAUCCUCAGCUCAAGCGCCAUCUUCCACCCUGAAGUUCAACGUUGUCAUGCGUGACAUGAUUGGUUUUGCUGAAUGGGAGGGGACGGAGGUCCACGCGCAACUUUUUGUGCCGGGGAUAUCUGAGGAGGGAGGUGCUACUACCACCCAGAUGAUCAGUGGGUUUGAUGAAUCCCCUGUCCGCUUUGAAAGCGUUCACAGUAUGAGCCUGCCGCUGUCCAGCCCACGGAGUGCGGCGUUGAAGGUUUGCGUGUAUGCGAAAGUGACACCUAUGCACAUGGACAAGCUUCUUAGCUGGGACGACAUGCGCGACUCGGCGGAACCGGCGCCCCAGAAACGCAAAACCCCACGCAUCGCAGAGUCCGAAUUCUUCUCGGAAGAACGACACGACGUUUUCGCCCGUAUGCAGAUACUGGAGCUGGCCGAAACCGGGGAAUAUCUUCCUGUCGAGGUGGUUCAAAGCAGCAGUCUUGAUACAGGCACGUAUCAACUUCACCAGGGUCUUCAACGUCGGGUCCUGGUAAAUCUGACCUACAGCUCCACCGAGAGUCUUCCUUGGGACAACCUCACCCACAUCCGGGCAGGCUCAGUGCGGUUGCUAGACCCCUGGGGUAAAAUUCCGGACCAGGACCUUCAGACGCCGGAUGUCCCUUUGAAAUUCGUCCAGGAACCGAUGGUGAAGGACAAUGCGGAUGGAACAUCCAACGUUACGCUGAUCGCCCAGUGGGACUCGAGUUUGCAUGGGUCUCUCCUCUUGGACCGCGUCACUGCCGACAAGUAUCGCGUGCAGGUAACGGUUCGGUGGGAUCUCAUCUCAUCUCGCUUGCAGGACCCCGUGUCGUUCGAUGUAGAUUUGACGCUUCAAAUCCAAAGUCGAACCUACGUGCGUCCACAGUCCAUGUUCAAACAGUUUUUCAAUUCGACUCGAAUCGUGCAUUCUACCGUUUGCAUGUUCUCGGUGGCUGUUCGACCCGUGUCUGCCAAACGCGCCGCAGAUCUUUGGCGCAUGAACACCCAGAAUGAUUAUGUGAAGGGCGAAGAGCUGUUGACGGCAUGGUCGCCGCGCAAAGUCUCACUGGUGCGUGACUAUAUCGCAGCUCGUAAGCGACGCCGACGGGUUGCCGAAUUGAAUGCCGCCAAAGGAGCCCUCAGCGCAAGCAGCCUUGUGGCGUCCCCUCCACGGAGCGGCCGAUCUACCCCCCUUCGCAGCCAGGAGAACUCAGAGCGCAAAGCGAAGCUGCUUCGGAAGUACGUUGAUCUUUGGACUACGAAGACCGAUCCUAUCGAGGCAAUCCUUGUCCGAAGCAAUACGGAACCGCCGGAUGGAGGUGCAGCGUUUGCCUCACGAACCCAACCAUCCUCGGGCGAUGAAUCUAGUUCUAUCUCUGACGAGGCAUCACUGAAACCGCGCUUCAUUGCAACCAUCCAGACCCUUCCGAAGAAUGCAUCUUCCACGAAGAAUGGAUAUCUUUUAACGCCCGACGAUACCAACAGCCACUGGGUACGACGCUUUGUGGAACUUCGCCGGCCAUACCUGCAUAUUCACUCUGUGCCCGAAGGCGAUGAGAUCAACGCUAUCAAUCUGCGAUACUCACGCGUGGACCAUGCUCCCGAUUUUGCGCGCCUUCUUGAUGGUCCAGGGGCUCGCGGUGAGAAUGGCUCAUCGCCCAAGGGACGGCCGAAUGUUUUUGCGGUGUACGGGGCUCAGAACACCUUCCUCUUCGCGGCUCGUACCGAAGCCCAGAAAGUUGAAUGGAUUUUGAAGAUCGACGAAAGCUACUUUAGUAGUAACGGGGGUAAGGCACCGAUCAACGGGUCUGGAUGA